CGUAGCAAAAUAGCUCACUCCUACACGUCUUAGGGUGGGGCUCAUCCGAACCCUGGAAAUUAAGGGUUUGGCUCCUAUGAGCCAUAGGGUGGCCUAAAACCAAAAGUAAGCCCUGUUCUGAACCGUCCCAGCACGAGGCUAGCUUUUCAUUUCUCCAGAAACGGUCCAGUUUGAGAGUCAACUGACGAUUGCAGGUUUUACUACUCCCCCUGUCACAUAGCCUCCGCGGUUAGCCGUACCGAAUGGCGGCUGAUGAUCGCGAGAACGGCGGUCGGAAAGAGAACGAUAAUAAGAAGCGAGGCGUUAAGGUUAGCAAGAAACCUGCCACUGUGAAAAUCAAGAAGCAAGAUCGCGAGAGCCGGCAGAGCAAUCCGAGCGAUGAGGGGUCGCGUCCACGUGGCAGGCAGAGCGAAGAGGGCUCGCUUCCACGUGGCGGCAAUCGAGAGGCUGCUGGCGGAGAGAUUUUGCCGGCGAGAUUUUUGCCGUCGCAGAUUAAGAACAAGCAGAAGCGGUCGGCAGUGACGGCGAAGCUUCGUGCGGAGAAGGAGAAGGGGAAGAAGCAGCGGCUGAAGCGGCGGCGGCAAGACGAGGAGCGCGCAGUGGCGCUGGGGGAAGCGGCCCCACCGCGGAAGGUAGCUCGCACCAUCGACAGCACGAGGGAGGUGGACGAGACUAUAGCGCAGCCUGACGACGACGAGCUACAUGCAGACGAGGCUGAGGACGAGUUUGCACCCCAUUUCAACAGAGAGCGGCCGCCCAAAGUGCUCAUCACCACGUGCCAACGGAUACACCAGACAAUGAAGCAGCUUAUAAAGGAGCUUUUAGUGGUCAUUCCAGGGUCCGAGUACUACGAGAGGCGGCAGUAUCGAAUCAAGGAGAUCGUGCAGUAUGCAUCGGCCAGAGACUACACUGCAAUGAUUGUCAUCAACGAGAAUCGAAGCAAGCCAAAUGCUCUUAUGCUCAUCGGCCUACCAGAGGGCCCCACUGCUCUCUUCAAGCUCUCCAGCCUUGUCCUUCGGAAGAACAUUAAGAAUGCAGGGCGAGCAACGUCGCACCUGCCAGAGCUCAUUCUAAACAACUUCUCCACUCGGUUGGGACACAGAGUUGGACGUCUCCUGGCGUCGCUAUUCCCCCAGGACCCAGAGUUCAAGGGUAGGAGAGUGGUCACUCUGCACAACCAGAGGGACUUCAUCUUCUUCCGCCACCACAGGUAUAUUUUCGAGGACCCGGAGAAGAGGGACGAGUCGCUGGGGCUGAGGAAGAAGAAGGCGCGGGAGGAGAAGGAGAAAGGGGGUUUGGUGAAGCGCAAGAAAGAUGCGGCGGCAGCUGCAGCAGGCAAGAAGGCUACCAGCGUGGGCGCGUCCUUGGGCAUUUUCACGAGGCUGCAGGAGUGCGGCCCUCGCUUCACCCUAAAGCUCAUGAGUGUGCAGCGGGGGACGUUUGAUUCCAAGGGAGGGGAGUACGAGUGGGUGUACAAGAAUGACAUGGAUACCAGCAGGAGAAGAUUCUUCCUGUAAAGGCAUCACUUAGCUUUCACAUGGAAGUCUCCAGCGGCUAGCCAGGCACAGUUCUAUGCUGACACGCAGCCAUUCCUUGGGUUUGGUUGACAAGCUAUGACUGUUCUCUUGAUGCGCAUUUGGUUGUGUGGUACUGGGUUACAUAUUUACACUAAUGCUGUGUUGAGGGUUGAGGGUAUGCAAUGUGAGACAGAUUAAGGUGCUGGGCAAUGUGACACAUGGAGCAUUUCUUCCAAAGCAGAGUUCUUUCGCUCAGCUAGCGUAAAUUAGUAGUUCUGCUGGCCAGGCUAGCAAGUAAUGAAUAUCCAUUCCCUGU